AUGCAGGGCACAGAACCCCUUGCCUGCGUCUCGUGCCGGGCGAGGAAGCUCAAGUGUGACCGAACGAAGCCUGCCUGUACUCGCUGCGUCAAAGUAAACAACGAAUGUGUGUAUCCCGAGUCACGGAGGAAGCCAACUUUCAAGCGGCGCAAUGUCAAGGAGCUGGAAGCUCGAUUAGGUAUUUUAUAUCCGUAA